CUGCUCUGCUCUGCUCUGCUCUGCUCUGGCCAAAAUAUCUGCAGCAUCAAGACACCCUCAGUUAUGACAAACCAGCUGCUGCUUCAAGCCACCCUCCCUUCCAGAAGACACCCUCUGAGACCGACCAUGGAUCUCGUCCUGAACGUCGCUGACUACCACCUCCUCACGCCCUACGUGUAUCCCAGCACGUGGCCGGAAAAUGAACCCUUUCGACAGCUCCUCAGUCUCUUUGUCAUCACCAACCUCGGGGCCCUUGCCCUUUACUUGCUGUUUGGCAUGCUGAGCUACUACUUCAUUUUCGAUCAUGAACUCAAGAAACAUCCCCAGUUCCUAGAGAACCAGGUGCAGCGUGAGAUCACCUACGCUGUCCAGUCCCUGCCGUGGAUCAGCGUGCCAACCGUCGCCCUUUUCUUCGCAGAGGUCAGGGGAUACAGCAAGCUCUAUGACAACAUUGAGGACUCCCCAUAUGGGUGGCCAGGAGUUGUUCUCAGCAUGCUGUCUUUCCUCUUUUUCACUGACAUGGGCAUUUACUGGAUACACCGAUUCCUCCACCAUAAAUUGCUAUAUAAGCGUUUCCACAAGCCCCAUCACCUCUGGAAGAUUGCGACGCCCUUUGCAAGUCACGCUUUCCACCCUGUCGAUGGCUUCAUGCAGAGCCUCCCCUACCAUGUCUACCCCUUCCUCUUUCCUCUGCACAAAGUGACAUACUUGGGUCUCUACAUCUUCGUCAAUGUCUGGACCAUCUCCAUUCACGAUGGCGAUUACCGCGUCCCCAAGAUCUUAAGGCACGUCAUCAACGGCUCUGCCCACCACACUGAUCAUCACUUAUACUUUGACUACAACUACGGUCAGUAUUUCACGCUCUGGGAUAAAAUCGGCGGCUCCUACAAAAGCCCCACGUCCUUUGAGGGCAAGGGCCCGCACGACUACUUGCGCAAGCUCCGAGAGAAGGAGUCAAAUGGCCAAGGCAACGGUUGUGAGCCUCGGACGAUGCCUAACGGGAACAGCAAAAAAACCAAAUAGUUCUCUGUAGAGUUACCCUUAUCACAGAGUGCCAGAUCUCAUUCCAUUCCUUUCUCUUCCCAAGAGCCAACUUCCCUGUACAAAAAGCCGUCUCAGUAUUGCUUCAGGAUCGCAGUGAUUUUGGGUGCCUGAACGUGCUCGACUGGCUGGGGCUAGAAUGCUUAGAGACCGACAGAUGGUCCCGUCCUCGGCGUUGGUUGGGACUGAGAGAGAAAACCUGAGCUUCCAUGCCCAAACUCGCUACGUGACCCUAUGUACCGCCCCCAUGAUUUCUGACAACUGCUGCGUGCUACCCUCAAAGGCCCCUUCCCUGAACAUUGACAAAAUCUCGCUGCAACACAGGCCUGGUCCCAACAGAGCGCUUUUGCUGUUUGCCAGAUGGGUUACAACCAAACCCCUCGCUGGUUCUCUGCCAGAGACAGCUCCCGUGAACUGCUAUGGCGGGUCUCACCUGCCUCUCGUGUCCAGACGUGCCUGUUCUUCCAGGGCCCGCUAGGCUCGGCCUCACAUGGCACACCAAUACCCUGACACUACGUGAGGACAUUACCGCAUCUCGAGCCCAGCAGAGGACGCAUGCUGGUUUGGUUCUCCGCAUCUGCACGCAAAGGCCAGCACGUGCCUCAUGCAUCCUGAGACUGCCACUGACCUGUCCCGCUUCAAAGAUCACCUUCUCCUCUGCUGUGAACCCCCUCAGCAGAACUUGCGUGACAGCGACAGCAAUUGCAGGUGCGUUCGGAAAGUGCUCGAACCCCUGCGCGCUCCCUUCAGAGUACUACCCUCAUAAAUUUCCGAAAAUCGUUCUGAAACCUGUCUGACUCCUACCCAAUUAUAUCAGUGCCGAGUUCCUUGGCGGCUUGAGUAGACUGGCGAACUGAAGAGAUUCCCUGCUGCCCUUGAGGUCCCUUUUCCCCCUCCUGGUGGCCUUUGGGUCUCUGCAGUGACUCUCGUAAUCUUGAAGGAUGACUACAAAGGUAUUCUAAGGGCAUGGCGCUUCCUGGGGUUUCUACCUAUCUGUACUGCAUGACACCAUAGCACCUUAUCAAGGACAGGUCCAGAAGCUCUGCUCAGUUUGGAUGACUCCACAAAACAGCCUGCACUUGGGGUACGUGCCAUCCUCAAGCAUGCCCUUCCAGACGGGAAUUCGCGAAAUACACCCCGAACACCCACCUUAUGGAGCCUGUGCAGAUAAUCCUGACAUUCUCGGUAGAGCAAUGGUUUGUCCUUUCAGCAUCGUGGGACUUCUCACCACUGAAAGAAGGCCCCUCAUCGCCAGGUGGUGCAGAACACGUCCCUAGGAAUCUCAUGUAGGGGUCAGACGGUGGAAAAGAUUCAUCGGGAAAGAUGACACCUGUUGGAGAAAUGCAGGUUUUGAGUCAUGGCGGUAGUUUUCUCAGGGAGGGAACAUACUAUGAGGGUGGUGAGACAGGUAUCAGGAGGUUAGAGAUCACUCUACGGUUCGUGGCUGGUUUUUCCCAUUAAUGUGCAACGUGCUCCUUUCUGAAACCUAAUUAAGCUGCAUUUUGGUUGUGCCCGCGUUCAAUAAAUUGAAUUUGACAACUUUGAUGAAAA